GAUGACGUGAGAGAGGACUUGGUUUCCACUCUACUCUAGUCCUGUAGACUACUCUACAGUAUAGUAAAUCUGAUGUAUUGUGAGAAAUGAAUGAUUCCUCAAAUCUCAGAGAUUGGUCUUUGGAAGAGGAGCUCCUCCUUGACUGUGCAGAUACAGAGAGACGAGACUACAAGUGCUGCUAAAGACUGAGGGCUGGCAUACGCUUGUGAUGGCUGACACUCAGACACUUGUUGAACCACUUUUUAGACUACGAUUGCAAUGAACGCACGGAUUCUCUUAACUAUGGAUUGAAGAUAUUUGGAUUGUUUUUCAACCAUAAGUGCCUUAAAAUAAAGUUUAUGUUUCUAUUAUAAUCACAAUUGAUGCCUUAAUUCAAAUCAAAUGUCCAUGCUUAAAGUGUUUGUAAUGUGAUAUUACGCGUGGAAGUAGCGAUAAUGCGAGUCCGAGCCUCUAAGUUGGCUCAGAAAGCAGUUGUCGUCACUUUUUGCUUAUGUUAUGUCUCUCUACUUCUUAUUUGGAUCACGUCCUCAGCUCAAGAACCUGUACAGCAAUCGGUGGUCAGUAGUGACAGAACAGGCGAUAAUCCAAAUGUCGAGGACAACAGUUAUCUAAGUUUCCAGGAAAGAGCGCCCCGUUCUGUCUAUGACCACAAAUCCUAUGUUAAGAACAGGACACCAAUCGAUGGCAAUAAAAGCAAUAUAUUAAGCGAAUUAAGCAAUGAUUUGCAUUUAGAUGAUACUCAUAGACCACAACUCAAACAUACGAACAAUUCAUUGAAGCAAAAGUUUGCCACAACUUCUCUCAAUGAUAUAUUCAUUAGUGUAAAGACUACUAAGAAAUUUCAUUCAACAAGACUCGAUGUCAUCCUCAAGAGUUGGUUCGCUUUGGCUAAAGAACAGGCGGACACCUAA